GUGUAUGAUUAAGCUGCAGGAAGCAUUAAGAAGGGGAAAAGACUGCCAACAGGACACGGUAUACUCACUCUUUUAGCCUUUUACUGAGGACGAGUUGCCUUAUGGCUCCUCAGAGGGUGACUUUUUCUGCCGGGUCACACUUUUUCUAGCGCGCUCCUUCACUCCUGAGAGUUGUCUUGUUAAUAAAAUCCGGAGCAUUCAGAUUGAGCCCGUGCUGUUUUUCCUCUUUCCACCGUGCGUAAUUUCUAUCCAGGAUCGAAAAAAAGGCGACAUCACAACAACACGAGGACGAGGAAUCAAGACAGAAAUAAAACGAGCUGGGGAAAAUGAAAGCCGUCUUGGAUCUCUGCAUGAUUUUCCUCAUGCUGCACGCUCCCGGCGUGCUGUCCUUGUCCACACAUGUAGCAGUAAUCUACCCCCAGGACCCUGUCCUUCGUAUGGGGUCCAACCUGACCGCCAGCUGCUGGGUCCACUCCGACCUCGGUGUCCACGCCAGCUCUCUGUUCUGGACGCUCAACGGUCAACAGCUGCCCAGCUCCCUGUACAAAGUGCUGAGCCCGACCAACCUCAGUGUGACGCUGGCUGGACUCAACGCUUCCAGGCAAACGUCUGGUGACAACCUGGUCUGUCACAACCACAAGGGACACAUCUUGGCUGGCUCCUGCCUCUACGUCGGGAUGCCUCCAGAGAAGCCGGUCAAUCUGACCUGCUGGUCCAGGAACACCAAAGACCUGACUUGCAGCUGGGUGCCGGGAGGGAAAGGAGAGACUAACAUCAGCACACAGUACACACUCAAGUACAAACUCAGAUGGUAUGGUAAGGAGAAGGAGUGUGAGGAUUACACUCAUUCGCAGCCUUACUCCUGCAGCAUCACUCGGGACUUGCACCUCUUCACGCCCUACGAGAUCUGGGUGGAGGCCUCCAACCAGCUGGGCCAGGCUACCUCUGAUGUCAUCACCCUCGACAUCCUAGACGUGGUGACCACGGACCCUCCGUCAGGUGUGGCUGUCAGUCGCGUCGGGCAGUUAGAGGACCAGCUGAGUGUUCGCUGGGAGGCCCCGCCUGCUCUCAAGGACUUCCUGUUUCAGGCCAAAUACCAGAUCCGCUACAGACUGGAGGACAGCCAAGACUGGAAGGUGAUGGAUGAUGUCGGGAAUCAGACAUCUUGUAGAUUGGCUGGACUGAGAUCUGGAACAGUGUAUUUUGUCCAGGUUCGCUGUAACCCUGUGGGCAUCUACGGCUCUCGUAAAGCUGGGAUCUGGAGUGAGUGGAGCCAUCCUACAGCUGCAUCCACACCCCACAGUGAGCGGUUGAUGUCAGGCUCCUGUGACUCGAAGUCCAGCGGGGACUCCAACUCCACCCUGCGCAGGGAGCUCAAGCAGUUCUUCGGCUGGGUGCGGAAACACGCCUACGGCUGCAGCAGCAUGUCCAUGAAGCUCUACGACCAGUGGAGAGUGCUGAUGCAGAAAUCCCACAAAGUCCGCAACCAGGUAGGUAAGCAUCACCAAUGCAGGGACACACAUAUGUAUUCAAAUGACAGACACGUGCUGCAUACACACAUGUGAUACACACUUAAAGUAGAAACAGUCUGUUUUUUAAACUCUGAUUUGUAACAGAUUUUGUUUUUGAACUUAGGUUCUCCAAGGGGAUAAAUCCUAGCACACGCUGCCUUUUUACAAGCAGAAAACAAGUCAAGAAAAGAACUGAGUGAGUGUGUUUUUGUCUAUGUGUGUAUGAGAAAGAGAGAUUGUAUUCUUAUAUGGGAAUUAUAAGACAUUUUGCUAUGGACAUUUUGUGCAAAUACCAGCCGUGGCUGUGAGAGGACGUCCAACAAGAAUCUGUGGGAUUUUCUUCUUUUAUGCAUCAUUUCCAGUCGACAUGAGCACUUUCUUUUGUCUGAAAAGGUGCAACUGGGAGGGACUGAGAAGGUGGACUUGGACCUGGUAUCAUCAUUAGAAAGAUGAUGGACGGACUACUCUACUUUCUCAAAGGACGUUGUAGCAUAAAUAACUCGGGUGUCAGUAAAGACGUUGGACAUGUGCCUGCUCAAAAUGUGCACAAAGGUGAUCAAAACAGAUUCAGACAAACUAGAAGUGUUGCCCGAGCAUAUAAAAGUAUUCUGAGACCUUUUUUUGAGUUUCUCCUGUGGAUCCAAAGCACCAUCUAGUGGCUGUUCAGCAUCCAUGGAUACUCCAAAACAAAGCUUUCACUGUGGUCCUAAUGUAAAAAGAAAAAGUAACAAAUUAUCAUACAGUAUUUUUAAUUCAUGCUUUGUUAAAUAAGUGGAUAACGUGCCAAACUGGUUCACCCAACAUCCAUGUGUUUCUAAGUGACAGUAUGUGACUGAUGACAUGAUGGUGUUUGUGUAUGGAGACGUUUCACUGCCUUUAUUUUUGUACUGAAUUGUACCAGCAUAUUUAAAACUGUAUAAAGUUAUGUUUUAUUUCUUAAGUUAUGUUUAGCUAGUAAAGAAAAUAUCAAUGAC